AAUUAACAAAUGGAUUUAUUUGAUUUGAUAUUUCCACCACCACCUCAGUCUCCAAGUAAACUGCAUCCGACACAAAAUCAUAUAUUGCCCCCAGAACCAUUGAAUAGAGAUUUUGGAGAUACAAGAAAAAAUCACAAGAAAGCUCAGCCCAGACGCACAACAAAAGCUCCUUCAACAUCUUCUCCAACAAUUCAUGAUCGGCAGACCCCACCUCGACCAACUACACCUAAAUCGCCAACAGAAAAGUUGCUUCCAAUUUAUCACAAAUUUGCUGAUGGAACUGAAGUCGUGAAUCCAGCUGCUUAUGCUCAACGUGGAUUCGGAUGGGUAAAACAAAAUAAUACAGCACGAGUCUCUUGGGCGAAAUGGGCACAAUCAACAAAAAAGUGUGAUGAUGAUAUUUAUGGAUUAAAAUGGAUUGAAGAAAGAUAUCCAAAUUGGAGGGAUUCCAAUUUUAGAAUACGGGAACGAAGACGAUCAAGGUCAAGAUCACCACAACUGUCGGAUAAUGGAUCUGAAGAUAUUUCAAUUUAUUUGGGAAGAGCAAAUUCUUCAUCUCCAAAUCCUACUGCAACCGGUUCUGAAACUUCUUAUGGAAGCCCAACAGAUGCAAUUUAUAUUCCAAGAAAUUACUGAGCAACUGUCAAUCUUCUUCAACUCCAGAUUUGUAAUAAGUUUUCGAUUAUACAUAUAUUUACAAAAUUCUAUUUUAUUAGUUGAAAUUUUUUUUAUGUGCAAUUGAAAUGACGGUUACUGUUGACAAUGUUUUUGUGUAGUUCAUUAUCAUACUCUUACUAGUUUUUAAUAAUUAGAUCCUAUAUUUCUAAGCUAUAAUUAUUGCUUCCAAAAAUUAACAUAAAAAAUAAAUAUUUUGCCUUUUGAAAA